CUAAAGAAACACUUUUUACUAAAAGUCCAAACAAAAAGAUGAAUCAAGCAUUCUCUUUGCUUUCCCUGUCUUCAAUCUUCAUUAUUUUUCUUGUUCUCAACUCCUUCCAUGAUGGCGUAAAUGGUGAUUUAAUCAGUAAUGUAUGUAAGAAUGCAUCAACAACUGAUCCCAACCUCAAAUAUGAUUUUUGUGUUGCAUCUCUUUCAGCAAACCCUGCAAGUAAAAACGCUCAUGAUCUUUUGAGACUUGGAUUAAUAUCAAUGAAAACAUGUCUACAAAAGGCAACAUCUAUUCAUUCUUACAUUGCCAAAAUGUUGAAAGGCGGAAAAGGAGAACCAGCAGCAAAGCCAUGUUUAGAGGAUUGUUUAAACUCAUAUACAGAUGCUAUCCGUUCUGUUCAAAAAGCUGCUGCAAGUUUUAAAAUUAAAGAUUAUAAUAGUGCUAAUAUACAAAUGAGUGCUGCCAUGGAUGCUUCAACUAGUUGUGAAGAUGGGUUUAAGGAAGUCGUUGUUGGUCAAGAUUUGACCUCUCCAUUGGCCAAACAAGAUGGUGAUUUCUUUCAACUUGCUGGAAUUUCCCUUGCCAUCACUCGUAUGGUUUAAUGAAUUGUUUAGUCUCUAUUUUCUUGGGACAUACAUGUUUUCAUUAUUGCGCUUAAUUCAAAUUAGAUAAAUCCAGAAAGCUACUGGUUUCUAAAUGUAAUACGGCAAAAGAAAAAACAUAUUCUGUGACAAGAAAAGUCUUAAUGGGGAUUCUAUUUCUCAUUAUUCUGAUCUGAAUAU